AUGGGCGGGGCAAUUGCAGACGCCAUCCAAGAUGCCCCGCUAGGGCAGUUCAUCAACUGGAUGUCCAAAGGCCGAUACUUCGGCUUCCCCGAACAGCAGCCCGGCUUCCAAAUCCCCUGGGAGCAGGCCACGGCCAUGGAGAAGGGAAAGGAAGUCGAGGCCGCGGCGAUCCCCAGCAGCCACGAUUCCAGCGAUGUCAGCACUCCGCACGCCAUGUCUCGCAAGCCCUCGGACUCGUACGUCGACCGUGAGGAUAUCGAAGCUCGACCACCACUCAGCACGAUCCCGACGUCGCACUCGUCGGCGCGAGGAGACUUUGGCGUGGUGACGACGCGCACGCGGACACGUGAGCAGACGGCGCCGUAUUCGCGGGAACGGUUCGAAGUCGAACAAGAGGAGGCCAUCGAGCGCAAGCAAAGCAGCGUCAUCGCGCCGCAGCGCACCUCGGACGGCAUCGUCCUCGUCGACUGGUAUACGACGGACGACCCGGCGAACCCGCAGAACUGGAACAGCUGGAAGAAGGUGUGGGUGGCGUUCCUCAUCUUCAUCUACACCUUCGCCGUCUACUCGGCGUCGGCCAUCUACACGUCGGCCGAACCGCAGGUCAUGGCCAAGUUUGGCGUCGGGCAGAGCAAAGCGAGUCUCGGCCUGAGCAUGUACGUGAUAGGAUACGGCAUCGGGCCCAUGCUCUUCUCCCCCUUGUCCGAAAUCCCCGCCAUCGGCCGCAACAUCCCGUACAUGGUCUCGUUCGGGCUGUUCGUCAUCCUGUGCGUGCCCACGGCGCUGGCCAACAGCUACGCCUCGCUGCUCGUGCUCCGAUUCCUGACCGGGUUCAUGGGCUCGCCGUGCCUGGCCACGGGCGGGGCCUCGAUGGGCGACAUGUACGGCCUGCUGAAACUGCCCUACGCGCUCACGGCGUGGGUGGCCGCCGCGUUCUGCGCCCCAGCCGUGGGACCCCUGCUCUCUGGCUUCUCGGUCGUGGCCGAGGGCUGGCGCUGGGCCCUGUGGGAAGUGCUGUGGAUGUCCGGGCCCAUCUUGGUGCUCAUGGUUCUGGCCAUGCCCGAGACGUCGGCGAGCAACAUCCUGCUCCGCCGGGCGCAGCGGCUCCGUCAACUCACGGGCAACGCGAACCUCAAGUCGCAAGGCGAGAUCGACCAGGGCCAGAUGAGUUUUUCCAAAGUCGCCAUCGACCAGAUGUGGAAGCCCGUCGAGAUCUUCGUCAAGGACCCGGCCGUCUUCUUCACCAACGUGUACACGAGUUUGAUAUACGGAAUCUACUACUCCUUCUUCGAGGCCUUCCCGCUCGUGUACAUUGGCAUCUACGACUUCAACAUCGGGGAGCUGGGCGUGGUGUUCGUGUGCAUCGUCGUCGGCUGCGCGGUGGGCAUCGUCAUCUACGUCUCGUACGUCUACCUGUACCUCGAGCCGGACAUUCGGCGCCACGGCCUGCGCGCGCAGGAACACCGCCUCGUGCCGGCGCUGUUCGCCACCACCCUCCUCCCCGCGGGCAUGUUCUGGUUCGGCUGGACGGCGCGCGCCGACGUCCACUGGAUCGUCUCCAUCCUGGGCAUCACCUUGUACGCCGUCGGCGCCUUCGUCCUCUUCCAGUGCAUCUUCAUGUACUUGCCCCUGACCUACCCUCGGUACGCGGCCAGCCUGUUCGCCGCCAACGAUCUGUGCCGCUCCGCGCUGGCCGCCGGGAGUAUCAUCUACGCGCACCCGCUGUACGUCAACCUGGGCAUCGGGCGCGGCAUUUCCCUGCUUGGCGGCCUCUUGUGCGGUGGCGUGCUCGGCAUCUGGGCGCUGUGGUAUUAUGGCGCCAGCUUGAGAGCUAGGUCCAAGUUUGCCAUGAGUUGA